AUGCACUGGAAACUACAAGCAGCACGAGAGGCAGCAGAGUGUAGAUUGCACCACGAAGCUGAAGUAGCAGCUGGUAUAGUUCCGAACAUAACACGGAGAAGACAAGAAGCAGAUCAGUGGGAUCUAGAAGCCGAGAUAGAACCUCAGACCAAGCAAGGAUCGAAAGAGAAUUGCACUGACGCUUCCCUGGAACUUGAUUCACCGAGUUCUAGUCUUCCUGGUAGCACUAGGCCAGCCACCAACUUCAGUUCAAAUCUGAACUCGCAACCUCAACAGAAUCCUACACAACCACAGUCAUUAAACAUGGCUACCAAGCGACAGAUGCCGAUGGAGUCAUCAAGAGAUGCCCCCAGGCUUGAAACCUCGGACCCCCGGGCGAUUCGAAAACACUUCCGGAUCAUGGAAGGAAUGUUUAAGAUUUAUGCCGGGGUGGACACGGACGAGGAGAAGAAAGACUGGGCUGUACAUUAUACCAGUAUGGACAUCGAAGAUCAGUGGAGAGCAUUCCCUACCUUCGAGGCAGGGAAGACCUGGGAAGACUUCAAGGAGGAAGUCCUGCGCAGUUAUGAUGGUGCAGCAGAAGAUGAUGAAGAUGCACGAAAGGGGCUUAUUAAAGUAGCCCAUAAGUACAAGAGAGAAGGAAUUAUGGACUCUGCCGACUAUUUAAAUUAUUCGAAGGGAGUUCCAGGCCAAAAGAACUUGGGUCUUGAAGGGACCAGGAUGCCAGUCUACAAUGAAUUAUUCAAUGGGUCUUUACCUAAGGUGGAUAGUUCGCCCAAGGUUGAGGCGCCAGGUGCUUCAGCUAGUAGAGGCAUAAUGACCCUCAAGAAAGAACCCGCACCUGCUGCAUUAUCAGGGGAACUGCAUAACUUCCUGGCUGAAAUGGCGGACAGCAACCGACUCAUAGUUAAAUUACUUGAGAACCAGGUUACAUCUCAAGGCAAAAGAGAUGAGGAGUUACACAAGAUGUUGGCGCAGAUAAAGGCCCAACCAAGGCCAACCCAGCCCGCACCGGCACCAAGUACUCGUGGACAGUUUGGCAGUAACGCGCCGGGUAACUGUCAUUUCUGUGAGACCCCUGGACAUUACCAGGUAGAUUGUCCCUACAAGUUAGAGAUGAUUACUACCAGGGAACUGGUUCAUGUACCAGGAACUCAGAAUAUAUACAGGUUACGAGAUGGGAAUCCUCCUCCGAGAGAACCCGCCGGGAUGAGUCAAAAAGCAAGAAUUCAGCAUUAUUAUGAAACGCAUAAGGCUUCUGGAUCUAACCAAGUUGGACAGACCUAUAUCGUGGCCCCACAAUUACCGGGCCCGGUGCCUCAGUAUGUUAUGUCACAUCAGAUAGCAGAAGAGAAAGAGGAUAUCGGCUACUUGAGGAACAUGCUCGAAAAGUUGGUACAACAAACCUCUCACCUGGCACCGGAUAAAGUUGAUCAGUACCUGGAAGGACCACGAUGGGAAUCUGUCGUGAAAACCAGAGGCCAGCAAUGUCAAGAGGCUAGCCAGGCCAAUGAUACUCCGCAAGAUACCCAGGAUUUUCAUAAACGUUCAAUGAAGGCAGGGGAGCACCAUAAAAAGGCAGCGGCGGUGGCCGGGCCGGUCGACUCUUCACCAGAGGACGUAAUCCAAAACCAAAAGCGAGGAGCAGAGGCAGAAAACUGGCGAUCACGCCCGAAAUUGCAAAGCAAAUAUACCCCUAAUUCUAGUAGUAAUAAUGAUGAGAACCUUGUACCUGGCGAUCCUGACGUAGUCGAUCGGUGGUCCUGA